AUGAUUGGAGGUAUCAACAGACGAUGUUUAAUGUUAAUUCUCUUAAUGUUUAUAGCCGGUCUAUUCUAUGCUACAGUAGGCUUACCUAAUUUUGAACCAGUCCGAUCGAAAACGGACGAAGACUUCCAGAAGAAGCGCAUCUUGAAAUAUUCUAGACCUGCGCAGAGACAUUUGUCUGGAUACAGCGAGGUAGUUAUAGACCUUGAACAAGAAACAGAUGCUCCCUAUGUCAAGUUUGCAUCUGUCUCUGAUACCAAUACCACGAGAGAUCUUCUUCAACACCCCCGGAUUCAAACAUGGUGUCAACGACCAAAUAAUAACCUUUCAGGAACCGAAGGAGUACCUAUAGAUGGAUUCAAAUUAUCAUCUGUGGUCGUCCUCUCUACACCAGGACAUACAGCUUCAUCUUCAGAUACAGUUGGUUGUGACUGGCAAGAGUUCAUCGCAGGAUACAAAGACCAGAAACUUAGCAAUUAUAAGGAGGUAUUGUCCAUACAUAAGAAUAUCAUGAUUAACAAAGGUGGAUUCAAAGUCUACGAACCCAUCUCAACUUCUGGUUGUAAGGACCGAGAGUUGUCGCCCUUAGGUAUAGCCCAGAAUAUCAAAUUAGGUGAAUUUAUUCGUAAAGCAUACAUUCAUGAUCUGAAAACUUUAAAAACCUUAUACAGAGAAUCUGUUUCUUUUGCCAAUUCUGUACAGGAUGUGGCGUCAUAUCAAAGUUCGAUGGCAUUCUUCCAUGGUCUCCUUUGUGAGAAGCAGUUCAUGACAGUGAACAUUCACAAAGUACAUGACAAUUUAUGUAGUAGAGCCUUAGGUCUGAAUUGUAAGUGUCAGACCUUAUCCCAGCAUAGCGAUUUCACUACAACAUUCAAUGAGAAAGAACCGCUGAAGCAAAAUAUAGGUCGUGAAGUGGAGUCUCCUGUCGACUUCCAAAAGUACCGUAAGUACUUACAAGAUCUGUCCCGAAUUUGUAUCGAUGAAGAGAUUUGCGCUGGAUCAAAUUGCAUAGACUCUACAAUAAAUGCAGCUUUACAUAUUUUCAAAAUGGCGGACCAUGCCCUUCUUAACAUAACUAAGUCGCCAUCUUUUAUAGCGAAAGCUCGUUUAUACAGUCAUCCAUUGUUUAUAACCAUUAUUCCAACGCUUUUUGAACCAAAGCAUGAUUUUACUCAUUAUUCAAUCAAAGAAUUUACAUUCGCCAAUCUGUUAGUAGCAUUAGGCAUUCCAGUCCAUUCUGUACCAUCACCAGCGUCUAGAAUCUCAAUAGAAGUCCAUAAGAAAAAGGGAGGUCGGAAGAGAGUAUUCAGGAUCUUGGUGAAUGGACGUGACUUAACUCCCUAUGUAAAAGUUUGCUCUGAAGAGUUCAGUUCGUUUUGUAAUCUUCAGACUCUUCAGAAUCUUAAGAUUUAUAAUUAUGGUCUUGCUUGUGAGAAGUAA